AUGAAGGUAUUUGGUGUAAUAACAGUCUACAUAUUUUUCACCUGGAACGUGCUUCAAGUAGCAGGUUCUGGUGACCAUGAUUUAAUUUCAGGAUACAGAAGUUCAGGAAAAACGAUCAAAUACACUGAAUAUGAUUUAUACCCGUAUCAAAACAUGAAUAUUUGGUGUCCAUAUAAUAUGUAUGCAUCAAACGAAACUAUAGUUCCACUGAAUAAGGGAGGAUACUAUGUGAAAAACAGCCUUUUAGAGUCAGAUGAAAAGAACCUCAAACAGGAGAGAGAAGUGAAGAGCAUAAAGGACACCCUCCCAGAGAUCAAAAUAAUUAAAACGCAAGACAAGUAUGCCCUCUACUACAGUGCUCCGAUAAAAGGGAGUGAUGUAGUGAAAAUGCACUUUGAUUGUAUUUUUGCAAGUAAGGAUGCGGAACCCAUGAUCCUCUCAAAGAUCCAGGUGAAUGUGAUGCCUAAACUGGAAUAUAUUAUUGGUAAAACGGAGCACUUUAUCCUUGACAGUUUUCAUAUACCAAGGGGUAAAGAUCUAUCGUACACUAAACCCGCCAGACCAGGAAUGGAGACUAUCACAGAGUGUAAGGACUCUGACCUCACUAUUCAUUAUGGACAAAGUAUCUUGAAUGAAGAACCAAAAGCUAAGACUUACAUUAAUCCCCUUACUAAAGUGGAAUAUCCGGAUAUCACUGACCAUGUAUCUAGGUAUCAAGUUACAAAUAGAAUGCACAAGAUCGAUUUGAAAAAUGGAAAUGUAGUAAAUGAACGUUUAAAUACACAAAUACGGUGUAGUGGUGGCGAUUAUAUGUUGAGCUACAAGGCAUUUUAUUCACCAGGAUCUCCUGGACUUCGCAUGAAUCAGAGCUCUAGCAAAAAGCUUGAUCGCCUUGGAGAGUCUGUGGAUGUAAUCCAAAUUGACAGUAGGACCAAUUCAAGUGUACUGGUAGAUGUACCAACAAACAAGAACAUCAUAUACCCAAACGACUGCCUCAAUAAAGUUUACCUGGGAAACCAAGUUGUGAAGAUUAGCGAUAUUGUGGGUGAUCCGAAACUGACAAGGAUUACUGACUCGUUGAAAAUUUUGAACCUGUCAACUUCAUCGUCGUAUAGAAAAGUUACAGUCUCGUGCUAUACCAAGGUUCCUCAGGAUUACGGUCAUAAAACUACCUGGAUGGAUAUUACAGUCUCUCCCCUAUGCAACUUUUAUGACCCCGAGUCUCUGGAUUCCGACAAGAAGACGUGCACUCUCUUUUCUUCGGGCACUGUACAGUCGUUGGUGGCUAGACCACUUGAGCAUUUUGGAUAUGAUAAGACUUUAGAAUUUGACGAAAAACUCUUUGAGAGGGCCGAUGACCCUGAGGGGACGUGCAAAGACUGCUACUACAAGCCUAUUGAUACUGAGGACGGGGAUAUGUCAGUUUCCAUAAACUUUGGACAUGACCGAAAUGUUACCAUAAAAGACGGCACUAUAAGAUUCAAUCCAGUUUACAUGUUGAAGAAGGUAGAUGCCGAAAAGAGUGAAGGAAUACUAAACCCAUCUCAGAUGAUAAGGAUGUACCUUCACAACGAAGAAACUGAGAUUGGCAAUGAUGGCAAGGUUAUUGUGAAAGACAAGGUUGAUGAGAGUGGAAAGUCUAUAUUUUACAUGGUACAGGCCGAUGGCAGAAGUAGUAUCAAGAUUUCGUGCAAGGACUUUUUUGAGGAUUCGGGAUCAUCUCAACCGACCCUAUUCCCAAAUGGGAAGAAUGUCGUCUACAAAAAUGUGAGUGAUGGAUUUAUGGAUCCCAGGACCAUUGAGACUGUGCAAUUUGGAGAGGAGUUUGCAGCUAGAGGAAUCAGCAUACUCAAGAAACCAGAGACUGAUGUGGACCUAGAGAUAGUAUUGGAUCAAGAUAAAAUGAUACAGAGUGACCAUGUUAAACCACUCUACUUUAUCUGUAGCCGUGACGUGAAGGGAGACUGGAAGAAUAGCGGAAAGCCAUAUGCAGUCAUAGCUGUAGACCCGGGAUACAGGUCUCAGAAGCUGCCUGGUUGUAGCAUAAAGAAGGGCAUCUUUGUUGACAAAGAUGGUAAGGAUUCUGGAAGAAGAUGCGGUUAUGCUAUUGACGAUGUCACCAGUGUAGGAUUCCACUGUCCAAGCUACGUCCCAGAGCACUUUUUGGAGGGGGACCAGGGAAUGUAUAAAGCAGAUGGUAACAAGGCAACCGAGAAUCCAUACCAACUCUUGAUCAGAUGCUAUGACAGGUCCACAGUGGUCCAGAAAAUCUUCAGACCAAAGACAGAUCUGGAACUCUUUCCAAAGCCAAAGUUUGCUGGAGAGUUGAGAUCCUUAUGGGUCUUUAACAAGGACACCUUUGCAGAAAAGGACGUCAAAGAGGUACUCUGUAUUUGUUACGACAAGACUGGAAUGGCUCUCUCCUCCAUCAAGGUCUGGAAUAACACCGAGAAGGUGGAGCCAGAACCAGAACAAGGACCACAAUCUGCCGAAGAAGAGGCAUCUAAAAAAUAA